UGUUUAUUUGAGGCUUUUGCAGGAAUGUGUCUCAGCUAUGACGAUGUUCGCUGCAUGACGAACGAAAGCUCAGCUCAUCUUCGCCAGCAACGUUGGAGGGUGGCUCGUGGAUUUGAUCAACCUGAACGCCGUUUUAUGGCCAAACGGAUUCAGUUCAACGCGAAGCAGCCGACGUCUUCUCAUGAGUUUGACCCAUGA